GAUAUUUUUGUUGUAUUUGAGAUAAUUUUGACUUUAUGCCCAACAACGUUCAUUUAUGUGUUUGCUCAGUGCCCCAACAAGCUUUGUGCGUCAUUUUCUUACAUGGAUUUGGAUUUGGUUUUCGUUAGAUUGUCUAUUUGUGAACAGCUACGGCUUAUACUUAGGUUGGCUUUUGAUGCGUUUCACUGUUUGUGAUUCAAGUCAACCAAAUGCCAAUCUCACAAGAUUCUCUUGCAGCACAUCAAUGAACCUUGAAACUAAGGAUUAAAUGAUGAGAGCCCCACAUAGCAAAUAAAAGGGGAGAAACCACAUUCUCUCUAUUAUACACUCCUCUCGUUCUCUCUCAUUCUCUCUCCUACCAACCCACCUUCUAAAGAAUCUACCUUACUUCCUUCUUCCUUGUUUCUCAGCUGCAGACAGUUAUGGCUCUGGAAUCCUCGUCCAGAAGGCACUUCCAUUGGACAAGGAAGGUUAGUAAUGAAGAUGAAGACGAUUCAACCUUCAACUCCUUAGAAUCUGCGGUAGAAAAAAAGCAGGAGAACGCCAAGCCUAUCUCACAAGAGCCAGAGGAACAGCAACAGGUUCGAGCACAAUUGACCAGAAGGAAACUGCAACAGCUUGCCGUCUCCCGUUUCCGUUCAGUUCUCACCGCCCUUGGCCGCAACCGCAACUCGCAGCACGGUCUCCGUUCUCGAGUGGUAGGAACACUUUUUGGUUCUCGCCGGGGUCACGUUCAUUUUGCAUUCCAGAGAGACCCCAAUUCAAAUCCAGCUUUCUUGAUUGAGCUUGCUACUCCAAUUAGUGGUUUGGUGAAGGAAAUGGCAUCUGGAUUGGUCCGAAUUGCGCUGGAAUGUGAUAAAGAGAAAGAUGAGAACAAGAAACCACCGGGAAGGAGACUGCUUGAAGAGCCUGUUUGGAGGACAUUUUGCAAUGGGAAGAAAUGUGGUUUUGCUUCAAGGAGAGAAUGUGGACCUAAGGAAUUGAAGAUCUUGAAGGCCGUGGAACCAAUCUCCAUGGGCGCUGGUGUUUUACCGGUGAACGAAGAUGCCAAGGGCUGCGACGGUUGCAGCACAGAAGGAGAAGGUGGAUCAGAUGGUGACAUUAUGUACAUGAGGGCAAAGUUUGAGAGAAUUGUAGGUUCAAGGGAUUCUGAAGCUUUCUACAUGAUGAACCCAGACAGUAAUGGAGCUCCUGAGCUCAGUAUCUAUUUGUUAAGAGUAUAAUUUCAGCAACCAUGGAAGGAUUCAUCUGAGUCACUUUACUCAAGGUUCCUUCAGUUCAGUAGCUGCAUCUCAGCUAAAGUCCAACUCCAUGUGUUGUUUUUUCCUUCUCUUUUUUGAUGUGCUGUACUUUGUAUUAUUACCAGUUUAGGAUUUUCUUUCUUUUUGUUGGGUUUGAAGGGGAUACAUUACAAGAUGAUGAGAUGGAUCGGGGAGAUGAAGGUGUAAAUGUAUAGUUUCUGUUUAAUUCAUGAUUAAUUACAAUUACCUUAAAAAAAGUUUUUGUUUGA